AUGUAUAUUCUAUUCAUCCUAUGUCUUUAUGUAUUUAAUCAUACUUUUGGUAUCCAAAUCUUGAAAAAUUGCACGCCGUCUGAUAGACAAAUUGCUCAGGAUAAGUGUGGAGCUAUAGAAGAACUGUUAGACUCUUAUUUCGAAAAGUAUGAUGGACAAAUUCCACCGGAAGAUGUUAAAGAGAACAUGACAGACCUGUAUAAAAAUAUAAUGGAAUGCUACGAAAUGAUUGGAUGCCAAGAAGCGUUGGAAUCAAAAAUGAAUUUUGAAGUGGAAUUUGAAAAUUGGAGUAUUUUUAAUACUGGAAUCAAGGAUUGUAUGGCUGAGUUUUAUGGGGCAAUUUAUGAAGAGAGAUAUAAUUGUACAAAUGAGUUUGAAUGGUUUUCGACCGACCCAUCCACCAAACGAGAUGCCUACCUCAACGGAAAAUCCUGUUUUUUUGAAGUCACUUCCAUCGAAUGCUCCAAUUCAUCACAAAACUAUCUAACUACAAACUACAACAAAUUUGUGGACCUGUUGACUCAAAAACCCGAUGGUCCAGCAUGCGAAGGUCUUCAUUAUGAAUUAAACGACUUGAAAUGCAACCAACCGAUAAGUACCCUCUUUACACAAACCUUUAGUUUCUUUGGAAAAGUUAUGCCGAUGGGAGAGGACAAGAAAUCCGAGUAUAAGGAAGUUUACGACUUUUUUGAGCAAGAUAAAACCAAUAAAACUAUCACUUGUAUGGUUUUGAAUGACUGCUUCAAAACUUCCUGCACGUUCCCAAAAGGAAUGGAACAAAUGAUUGGAACUGUCUGUAAAGAGCUGAAAAAAAUGGACAAUGUGAACGAGCACUUUUUCGAGUGUAUGAAAAGUAUAUUAUCUCAAAAGCUGAACGGAACUGUAUAUUCUUGUAUACAAAAAGAAAGCGGAUUGGAUUUUUUCAAGGAUAAAGAUUGUGCAAAGGAAGUGAUGACUGGGGAAUGCCCUGAGGAGGCAUUGGUGGAUUUUGAUAAUCAAUGGAAGUGGACAAGUGAAAUUGUGAAUAAGAAGGAGAAUAAAAAUUAA